CAUCCAAUCAUCAGCACCUUCGUCCCUCUUCCAAAAGGUGCUUGAUUCUUCAUACCCUGCUCAUUGGCCUUUUCUCACAACCACCAUCGACUGCUCAUUCGUCCUCUUCAUCCUGUAAGCGCCUGCUGCAAGGUAAGCACAAAUGCAGCCAACUGUUCUCCUCAAGAUGUCUGGCUCGGUAGGGCAAACUACUGAACUUCACUUCCUCUCUCAUGUCCCUCCCCCAAGCUGAAGAGUUCCGAAGUGCUCUGCUGGGCUUCAAAGCAGACGCUGCGUCCCGAGACACUCGAGGAUGAACAUGAGACUGUAUCACUGAACACAGCUGACAAAGACAAAUCCUCGCGGCAUCAUGAAGUUCUUCCUUUCGAGACGGUGGAAGCCGAAUAAAUGGCCCUUCUACGUCCUGAUCGGCUUCGAAUUCCCAUUGACAGUUGCCCUACUGGCUUUAUUCGGUAUUGCUUCGCCAAACACAUAUCGCACCAAACUGUGGCAGGAUGGUGCAGACAAUGGCUUCAACUCCAGUCCUCUCACCGGAUUGUACGCAGCUGCAAACUACAGACCCUAUACUACUCCUAAAGUCUGGUCGCAAUUUAUAACAAAUUACAACGUCGUUAUUGCCGUCCUCUCCAUGUUCAUCAUGCUGGUCAAAUCCAUCAUGUACAUGCUGCACGUCUUUCCACCCAUCCUUUCCAUCCUUGUCCACGCCCUCCUCAUCGCUCUCUACACGGUCUCUGUCGACUACCAAGCCAGCAGCGAUACUACAGAUCCCGAUCAUCCGCAGAAUGGACCACCCUGGUACAUCACCAAAUCCUGCAGUGUCACAAGGAACAAGAGCCUGGUAGGGUACUGUAAACAAGGCAAAGCGAGUUUCGCCUGCACAUGCGCAAUGUUAGGAGUGUUUGUCAUAUAUUUUGGCUUUGCUGCGUGGUCUUGCUUCCCAUCCAGGCAGCAGCGCGAAGAAUAUGCUGAGCAGAAACGGCUCAAGGCUGAAAAGUGGGCGAGAUUCGAAACACUUGAAGAUCCAAAUACAGGAGAAACUAUGGCAUAUCCGAUGCCAGAAACACCUGGGGCUCAAGGCGGCCUAAACCCAUUGACUCCUAGGACUAUGGCCUUCAACAGGCUGGGAGGUACGAAAGAUUUGCCUCUGCGAAAUCAUUUUAGCACUCCGAAUGCUCCUACCUCCCCUCCAUUCGCAAUCAGGAGCCCCGACUUGCCGAGAAGUCCAAUGAGUCCCGGCUUCGUGGAUCGAGUGGGCAGUGACGUCCAAGCAGGGAAAUCUCCUGAAAUCGGAACCAGUCGAAGUCCGAAUUCGGCGGCACCUCAGCUGUAUUUCCCUCCACCUCCGAAGACGUCAAAGAAGUGACGUGGGUGUCGGUUCAAUCCCCAGACCAUUCGAUGUGAAGGGGUAUCGGGCCUGUGACAUUACCCCUUCCCUCUGCUGUUGUGAAGGUGCUUUUGUGCGCGGGCCGGCGGUGUUUCCAGCCUUUUAGUUCAUCAGCAUGAGUUUUGGGACGACUUCAAUCUUUCAUACCAUGCCUGUCCGCACAACAGGAAUGCUUCUUCGACGCAGCUCUGCUGUUCGGAUAAGGCUUGCGCAAGAAUGAGACAUGAGCAUAUUGUUUCUCCUUCACAAAUGCUAAUAAUCGAUCGCCA